AUGGCGCCGUUGUUUUCAAUAUUCGGUUCUGAUAAAUAUAUCGAUAAUUGGAUUAAAGAAGCAGACCUCGUGAAUUAUAAUAUGAAGGAAUAUCAAAGUCCCAUAAGAAUGAGAGUAUCAAAGGAAUCGGAUUCGAAGGAUGUAGUGAGAAGAAUGGAUAAAUACAAGCCUUUGGAUAACAAAAGAGGCGAUUUGUAUGUCCUAAUUCCUGGCCAUAAAAAAGAGAAGCGCCCUGGUCUUUUCGGUGGUGGUGUAACCGAGCACAAAGGUGCUCGAACUACAAAAACUCCUCAGGAGCUGGGCAAAAAUCUAAACAUGCCUAUUAAUUUGAAUUUUGGAGAGCAAAUUAUCAAUAUCAGUGUUGAAGAUGGAGAACCUGAUACGUAUCAAGGAUCCAGAAGUCGUGGUGACGGUAGCAAGGAGAAACAUAGACCUCAUCGGCAUCGGAGAAGCAACGAUUCUCAAGACAACAGAUACACCUCUCCCAAUCGUCAAAGAGAUGGACAUGGUCGAGACAGACGUAGAGACCAGUCUCGUGAUACCCUUCCUGGAAAAGAAAAUGAGAAUAGCAGAUCUGAAAAUCGAAGAAAGAGACCUGAGCUCGACUCGAGAGAAAAAACGCAUGGCCGUACAAAGCAUAGAGAGGAUAAUUCGGAGUCUGAAGAUUCUGGGACAGAAAUUUCUAGACCCUCUAGAAGAGCGCCGACUGUAAAUAAAGAAAUAACCGAAGAAGAUCUUCCAGAAAUAGAUGCGAUUUCUCUUGCAUCUUCUCAAAAACCACCCAUUGAGAAGGCGUUCUCUGUAAAAAGCUCUAUACAGGGACAUAGGUCCAGAAAUAGCUCUGAACGAGGAAUACCUUUAGAUGAUUUUCCAAAAACAAAAACAUCUUCUCUUGUAUCUUCUCAUGGAACAUCUACCGGAAGAAAGUCCUCUACAAAAGACUCUAAACAAGAUACACCUUUAAAACAUAUUCCAGAAAUAGAUGCACGUUCUAUCACACCUUCUCAAAAUCCACACACUGCGAAGAUGUCCUCUAUUAAAGGGCCUGUAUCAGAACAUGAGUCCAGAGAUAGCUCUGAACGAGGAACACUUUUAGAAGAUUUUCCAGGAACAGUUGCAUCUUCUCGAAAAACAUUCACUGGGAGCAGUCACUCUUUAAGAGCUCCAUCUACAACGGCGCAAUCUAGAACAUCUAAGAAGAAUGACACCUUACCUCCUAGCUUGUACAAUCUAACCAAAAAAAAUAAGGAUCUUUUAGAUGAGGAGGCUUCUCAGGAUGGUCGUAAUUCGACCUCAAGCCAACAUUCAAAACCCAAAUCUCAAGAGGUUUUUCAAGAAAAUCGUGAUAGACGACGCUUGGAAAGAAAAAACGGCCUUUCUCAUACCGUAUAG